AAAGAAAGAAACAGCUGAAUUCCGAAAAUCCAAUCCGAGAUCCAAUCUCUGAAAAUUGACGCAUCUCCUGCGAUGCGUUGAUGCAGCUGGUGAAUCAGAAGGGUUCGUCGAUUGAAGAACAAGUGGCGGGAGAGAGAAACGGGGCGACUUGGGCGUUUGAAGUUGGAGAUGAGUCAGUUGUCUGUCCGAUCAUUGUCGAGGAUUUGAACCCACCUGGCCACUUGCAGAUCGAGAUGAUAUGCGAGGAAAGCGGGCAGUUCCUGGAGAUUGCAGAUUUAAUCAGAGGCUUUGGAUUAAACAUCUUGAAAGGAGCCAUGGAAACACGACACGGCAGAAUCUGGGCCCAUUUCAUUACAGAGGGAAGAGUGGAACGAGUGCAGGUGUUGUGGUCGCUUGUCCAACACCUUCAGCAAGAACAUCCCCUUCAUUAAUCUCUCUCCAAUCUUUCUUUGAUUUGGUUCCUAAUCCUUUGUGGCCCACAGUCGCAAUCUGUUUAUAG